AUGGCCAAGAAGGCUCGCCAAAGGAUAAGCUAUGUUCUUGAACAUCCCAACUCCUCGCCUGGCGGCCAUCGCUUGGGUGUCAAUGGCCUUGCCAUCGACCGCGAAAAUGCUAUCCUCUACUCCGGCGGCCGCGAUGGCGUUAUCUGCGCCUGGGACCUAAAGCGUUCCCUUCAGAACACUCACGCAGCCGUCACAGACCCCUCCUCUCAUCCCAACCCCAAAUCCAUCGCCAGCUUCCGCACCCAAACCCAUGCUCACACCCACUGGAUCAACGACAUCACCCUCGUCCAGCACCAUAACGCCCUUGUCUCCGCCUCCUCCGACCUCCAAGUCAAGCUCUGGCGUCCCUUAGCCUCCGACGCCCAAGAGCCCGUCCCGAUCGGCCACCACCGCGACUACGCCAAAUGCGUCGCCACCCCUAACCAGUCAACCAACUGGGUCGCCUCAGGCGGCCUGGACCGCCGCAUCUACCUCUGGGAUCUCUCUGGUAAGGGGCAGGUCCUGGAGAUCGACGUCAGCGGGGAAGAAGUUGUGGAAAAAGGGAGCGUCUACGCCCUGGGCGUGACGCAUUCCGUUCUGGCGAACGGCGGGCCGGAGAGUAUUGUUCGCCUGUGGGACCCCAAGUCUGGGAAGAGGAUUACCAAGUUCGUGGGGCACACUGACAUGAUUCGGGCGAUUCUGGUCAGCGAGGAAGGAGAUAUGGUGCUGUCGGCUAGUGCCGACCAGACGGUGAAAGUGUGGAGCGUCACGGCGGGGAGGUGCAUGCAUACGCUCACUAUGCAUGACCAUAGCGUGUGGGCGCUGUUUUCGGAUGAUCCAGGGUUGAAUGUGUUUUAUAGUAGUGAUCGGUCUGGCUUGGUGGUAAAGACGGAUGUGAGGGAUACCAUGGGAGAUCUGGAUAAGGGUUUGUGUCUGGCCGUGGCGAAGGAGCAUGAAGGGGUGAGCAAGAUUGUUGCCUGGGAUGGGAGUAUUUGGACUGCGACGGCCAGGGCGUCGAUUAAUCGCUGGCAGGAUGUCGAUCUGACUGGUGAGUUAAGGCUGCCCGAGGCGUAUAAGCAGCAUCGAGCGUCCAUGAUGAGCGUCAGGAGUAAGGAGAGUACUGGGCCGACGGCAGGUGCCGAGGGGGCGAGGACGACGAUCCCAGCGAAGUCUGUCCUGCGCAUCUCGAACACGGCGUCCUUCCCCUUGGUCAUUGAUCGCAAUGCGGACGAUCCGUUCCAGGGUCAGGCACGGAAGACGGACCCGUCUGAAGUCGAAGUCGAACCGAUCUAUCAUUCUCCUGUUGAGACGAUUGAAGGGCAGUUUGGCUUGGUCAAGCACAAGCUGUUAAAUGAUCGGAGAAGAGUCUUGACUUUGGACACAGCUGGAGAUGUUUUGAUGUGGGAUCUCAUCCAGUGCCGUCCGAUCCGAAGCUUUGGUAAACGUCAUCUCGAGGAUGUCGAGCCCGAGGUCAACACUAAAGAAGCUGUGGCGCCGUGGUGUUCCAUUGACAUCAGUUCUGGCAACCUGACCGUCGUGUUGGAGCCGUACAAUUGCUUCGACGCCGAAAUGUACGCUGACGAGCUGACCCUGGACGAGCCAAUUGAGUUUAGGGAAGACCAGAGAAUCAACCUCGGAAAAUGGGUCCUCCGCUACCUCUUCGCGAACCUCAUUGACGAAGAGAUCCGUCGCGAUGAGGAAUUCCGCCAGAGCCUCACCAAGUCGCCACCGACGAAGAAGUCCAGAGGAGGAAGAGAAGCACCCCCUCUGUCCAUUGACAUCCCGCCACUGCCUAAGUUUGACCCGACCACACAGCGAGCUAAUAACAAUGGCUCUCACCCCCCCGUGACGCCAGGGCUCGUGAUCGGAUUAGCGACGCCAGGAUCCCCGAUGAUCCAAAUGGGUGAGGGCACAUUCAGUCCCCUGGAAAAGAUGCCUUCCCAUCUGGCGGGUCGUCCAUCGGUUGAACAGGAAGACUACUUCUCAGAUACCAUAGGGACGCCAGAACCGCCUCUUACAACUAGAUUAACCCAGGGACAGAUCCCAGGUCAGGAACCACCGUCGACAGAGGAGUCAUCAGCUAAGAACUCCACCGAGGUCGCCAAGGAGAAAGAGAAAGACAAGGACAAAGAGAAUGGCACUAAAGGAAGCACAACCUUCAACAUGAAGAAAUUCCGCAUGAACAUGUCCUUCGGCACGAAGAAGCUCAGCCGGUCCACCUCAACCGCCGCAGCCGAGAAGCCUGCCCUCGGCACGACCGCUGCAGCCGGCGGCGUCGACGACAAAGCCGACGAAUCCGAAACCUCCUCAACCCACGAAAAAGAAUUCGACGACUCCUUCCUCGGAGUCAUCCAGCGCCUGCGCAGCGAAUACGAAAAACUGAUCUCCGACCAUCCCGACAAACCCCUCGACUCCAAGAUCACGCCCGCCCCGCCCAACGACACACCCCCGCUCAACAUCCCCCCGGGGACGAAAGUCAUCAUCCAAGAAGAAACGACCGGCGGCUCGGCCGAGGUCUACAGGGGUACUGUGGCGUCGGUCGGCGCCGACGCCGACAUAAUCGAGGAGAAGGCGCCGCUGUGGCUGGGCGAGGCACUCCUGCUGAACGUGCUGCCAGCGAAAGAGCCGGUGAAGGUGUCGUUUGUGCUGUACCCGUGGAAGGAUAGUUUGCCGCCGAUUGCCUCGGCGGAUGGAAAUAAUAGACUGAAUGCGAAUCGCAUGCUGAGGGUCAAAAAGAUUUUGGCGUAUGUUGCCGAGAGGAUUGAUCCGGCGUAUGAGAACGAGGGAGAUGUGGAAGGGGAGCAACAGGGGGGAGAAGGAGGGGGAAAAGAAGCUGAAGCCGGAGGAUUGGUUGGAGUUGUAUUGUAA